CAUCGUCGGAUGGCAGCGUUCAACGUCUCGAGGGCACAGGACGCUCUCCUCGCCGCACACAACGACGACCAGCCCUCGUUCACCGUUCACCUAUACCCAGAGCACUGGACACUCAACGCAGGGCCCAAGUUUCUCUACAACAACCCUGUAGCGUCUCUCCUCGACGAUGUUCACGCUCGCCGUAUACCUGUUGACUUUAUUGAGCUCUUUGACGCUGCUCGUGUGCCCUUCUACGAUGGCUGCAUGAUCGUCGACCUGCUCGACUACCGCCCGCGGAAUCCCAAGGACACGCUGCUCGAGAAACCCGAGCGGAAUCGUGUCUUGCUGCAUCCCAACGCCGAAACUCUGUGGACCGACCUGUGUCUCCUGAACGCCCGGAACGGGAACCAGUGGACCGACAACGACGCUUUGGAGAUUGAGGCCCGUGUACUCCUACAUACCGCAUCGCCCCUAUGCCUCGACCCCAACCCCCACCUAACGCGCAUCGUCAACCACACCCUCAAAGUGUCCACCCCUCCACCACCCGUAUCUCUCAAACGCAAAGCCACCGCCAUUUCAUCGCAGGAGGAGGACGAGUCUGACAGGGCUCGUAGAGCCAAGAUCAUGAACUUCAUGAACCCGCGCUUAAACCGUGGCACGGUCCCAACUUACCGAAUAUUGGACAUCAAAGAGCAGAUGAAGAACCGCAAGAUGGACGUCGACUCCACCCCCGCCCACCCGACCGCCAUCCCGAUGCCCCCACUCACACACCCCACGAAUACCCCCACCAUGACCUCCUCUACUCCCGUGUCCGUCAACCCCACAGUCCUCCUUCCUCCUUCACAGCAGUCAUCCCCGUCGAAAAGCACCAUCCAGCCCCCGGCGCUUACGAACGGCGUGCACUCCUCCGCGUCCUCGUCGACAGGGGACGACUCGCCACGGAAGACGCCCGCAAAGAAGAUGCAGAAAGCAGAGACACCGCACCCGCAGAGCCCAUACAGCCCAUCCAAAGACUUCAUCCGCCAAUCGCACUCCGCAACUCCCGCCCCUCCCUCCGUCCCGCACCCGCAACAGCUCACCGUCAUCAACCAGUCCCCACCACACCCCUCCCAGCCCACCCAUCCUCAUCCUCAGCCGCAGCCGCAGCCUGUGUCCGUCUCGAUGCCAGGCCCCGCACGCUCACCGAUGCCCCCGCACACGAACAUCACGUUCCAGGUGAACAGCCAGCCUCCCCCGCCCCAUCCGCAACAGCAGCCGCCGGUGCCCUCGCCUCGACCCCCAUCAACGCGCCCCGGCUUCGUCAAGUCGCCGCGCCUCACUGCAAACGGUCAGAUCCCGCACGGAUCGCCCGCGAUGCAUGGGGCCGGGUUGCCGCCGCAGACGCCGCAGAUGAACGGGAUGAUGGCGGUGAACGGCGUGGGGGUGGGGGUGGGGGCGAACGGGGUGCAGCAGCACCCGCAGACGCCGCAGCUGCAGAACCAGCGUUUGCAUCCGCAUCCGCAGGUCCACGGGCAGGUCCAUGUGCAGGGGCAGGGGCAGGGGCAAGGGACGCCGCAGCCGCACCCUAUGCAGCUGCCCCAGCCUCAGCACGCGAUUCAGCAUCCGCAGCGUCCGCAGAGCCAGCUCGGGCAGCAUCCGCAGAGCCAGCAGCAGCCGACGCAAGCGCAGAUCGCGGCGUACAUGGCGCACAUGCACGCGAGGCAGCAGCAGCAGCAGCAGGCACAGCAGCAGGCACAGGCCCAACAGCAGGCCCAACAGCAGGCCCAACAGCAGGCCCAACAGCAGCAAGGGGGAAAGCCAGUGCACCCGCAGGCGCCGGGGACGCCCAAGCUCGGGAACGUGAGCAUCCAGAUGGGCGCGAACGGGCAGACGCAGCAGCUGACGCCGCAGCAGAUGGCGCAGCUGCAGGCAUAUCAUCUUGCUCAGCAGGCGCAGAAUCAUGCGCAGGGCGGUGGGCAGCAAGGCGCCGCCGGCGCGGGGCAGCCGGGUCAAGGUCAGGGUCAAGGCCAAGGUCAAGGACAGGGACAACCCGCGCAGCAGUCCCAGCAGCCGACGCAGGGCCAAGCGCAAGGUCAAAGCCAAAGCCAAAGCCAACCGCAACCGCAACCGCAACCGCAACCGCCAGGCGCCGGCGGGCAGCAGCCGCACGCCCAACACCCGCACACCAACAUCGGUGCGAUCCUCAUGCAGCUGCAGACCGCGAUCCAGCACGCGCAGCAGGCGGGCAACACGGCGCAGCAGGCGCAGCUGCAGGGCCAGUUCGUGCAGCUCGUGAACGCGCAGCGCGCGGCGCAGGCGCGGGCGGGCGCCGGUACGCCGGCUGCGCAGGCGGGUAGGAGCCCGUUGGUGCAGGCGCAGGCGGCGGCGGCGGCGGCGGCGGCGAGGGGCAGCCCGAUGGUGCAGAAUAAGCAGCUCGCGGCUGUUGUUGGUGGUGCUGGUGCUGGUGCUGGUGCUAGUCAGACGCAGCAGGCGGGGCGGUCGCCGAUGAUGGGGCAUGCGCAGGUGCAGCAGCAGGGGCAGGGGCAGGGGCUACAGCCAGGACAGCCAGGACAGCAGCAGGGGCAGGGGCAGAACCAGCGCUCGCCCCAGCUGAACCAGCCGCAGAACUCGCAGCAGGUCCAGCAGCAGCUUCAGUUGCUCCAACAGCAGCUCCAGCUCCAGCAGCAGCAGCAGCAUCAACACGGCGGCGGCGGGCAGGGGCAGGCGGGUAAGCAGGGGCAGGGGCAGGGACAGAGCGUGCAGGCGCAGGCGCAGGCGGCGCAGAUGGCACAGCUAAGGCAGAUGAUGGCCGCGCAGGCGCAGCAGAACCAACGGUCGCCCGCACUACAGAACGCGCAGGCGCAGGCGUCUCAACCCCAAGCGCAGCCCCAACCUCAGCCCCAAGCGCAGGCACAGGCCCAAGCGACGCCGCGCCCGCAGAACGCGCAGCCCCAGCAGGGCGGUCAGCAGCAGCCCCAACAAGGCGCCCAGCAAGGUGGUGGCCAGCAGCAGCCAGGCCAGCAGCAGCACGCGAUGAUGCCCCAGUACUACCCGUUCCCGGCGGCGGCGAUGGGGUACGCGUUGCAGCCCAACGGCAACGGCAACGGCAACGUCAAUGUCAACGGCGGCGCGAUGGCGAACGGUAUGACACCCCAGAUGGCCGCCGUUGCCGCGCGCAUGCAGCAGCAGCAGCAGCAGCAGCAACAGCAGCAGGGCGCCGGUGCCGGUGCAGGCGGCGCGUCGGGCGGCGGGUUCGCGUGGCGGUUCUUGCCGAACGGGCAGAUGCAGGCUGUGCCCACCGGUCAAGGCGGGCAGGGCGCGGGGAUGCAGCAGGCGCACAUGGGCCAGCUGGGGAUGCAAGCGCAGAUGGGCAUGGGCGGGAUGCAGGCCCAGAUGGGUCAGAUGGGUAUGGGCCAGAUGGGCCAGAUGGGCCAGAUGGGCCAGAUGGGCCAGAUGGCGAUGGCUGCUGCGGCUGCGAAGGCGGGGCAGCAGGCUGCGACGUCUGAGGCGUUCGGCGGGCGAUAGACGAACUGAAGAUGUCGUCUCUUCGUUUCUUGCCAGGUUGUCUCGCAAAGCAUCAUGGAGAUCGCUCCCAGGCCCACGUUAACACGCGCUUGCUCGCCCACACCACUAAAUAUGACUUCACCCCCAUCCCGGACUCUAUCCUCUUCUUCAUCUUCCUCGUUUUCCACUCGCCAUGGACCCGGACCGUGCUAUCUCACCGUGUUCUCCGUGACUUAUGUCUAUCUGUCUUGUCUUGUCCCGUGUUGCUCUAGCUAUGCUCUCACAUAAUCUAUCGUGUAUCGUGUAUCGCGUCGAGCUCCGUAUGUAUACGUAGCACGUACCGCGCACCUACUUUAUUCGC